AUGCUUAAUUUGCAAAUUAUGAAUUAUAUUGAAGUUGAAAGAAUAAGCGAAAUAAUGCAAUCAAAUAACUUGAAUCAAUCUUUAUCAUCCGAUUAUUAUUCUGACUUCCCAAAUGAUAGUUUCAAACAUAUGUCAACAGUUUGUGCUCAAAAUUCCUUUUUUGGAAUUGCGUCCUUGCUAGGAUUUAGUGAACGAAAGGAUUUAAAUGAUACUGAUUUGUCUAAAAUAUCCAUCAGUUCCGACAAUUUAUGUGUUUCUUCAUCAGAAGAUUCAAAUAUAGUGGAUUAUAUCCAGUUAAAUUCAACUUCCAACUGGUUUAAUUCCCAAGUACAAAAUAAAUUUCCGAACCAGCCGAUGUUUAGUGAAGACAACCACUUUCCCCUAUGUCACUCGAAUCCAGUAAUUUCAGCAAAUCAAGUUGAUAACAUCAUGAAUGAAAGUAGAAAUCUUGAAUCAAACAAAAAGGAUGUUAAAAUUAGAUCGCUGAAAUCGAAAAUGGUGAAAAGAGUGUCAUUGUCUAGUGAAGGUAUUGAAAUAUCUACAUCCAAAACAAACAACAUUACUGCUAAACAUAGAACUAAAGAUUGCAAUCACGUUGGUUAUCAUCAUCAUAACCAACAUCACCACCUUCAGCAACAAAACUUACGUGAUCGUAAACACAGGCGUAAUCGAACUACAUUUACAACUUUCCAACUACAUGAAUUAGAAUGUGCUUUCGAACAUAGUCACUAUCCAGAUGUAUUGAAUCGAGAAGAAUUAGCUGCAAAAAUUAGAUUACCAGAAGUCCGCGUUCAGGUUUGGUUUCAAAAUAGGCGGGCUAAAUGGAGACGUCAAGAAAAACAAGAAGCUAUCACUCAUACGAAAAAUCUUGAAGAUGCCUUACCAUAUUUGAAAAAACAAAAUAAUGUGUCCGCUGGAAUAGCCACAAUUAAUUCAGAAACACAGUUAUCAAGCAUAUAUGAUAAAGAAUAUUCAUCAAAAAUUUCUAAACUUGAGUCCUUUUUUCGCGAAACCAAUAGGUCACUGAACAACUUUCCAUCUUGUGUAUAUGAAACACCGUUAUCGAAUUCUACUCAAACAUAUGAUUUGAUAUCAAAGUUCAUUGAUCCAUUACAAUCCGUUCUUAUUCCAAAUGAUCAUAGAACGUCUUACGUCCUAAGUGAGGAUCGCUGA